UUGGCCAAACUGAAAAGUCAAAGGAGUCUUUCACUCUAUCUUCCUUAUUAUAUAAAGCUCAGAGCUUGAUUGAGUUGAGUUGAACCCGUUAACCCGCGACCCGAAACAAUGACCCGCUCCGUGAAUUCCCCUCUCCUCAUCCUCGUCGUUGCACUCUAUCUCUCUUCUUCUCUCUUCGGCGUCGCCCGCUCCGAUGAUCCCAAACCACUCCGCCGAGAGAUUUAUGAAGGAGGUAAGAUAUACGACAUCAGCCACCGGUACACGGCGGAGAUGCCAGCUUGGACAUCUACGGAAGGAUUGGGAAAGACGUUCCUGAGAUUAGCCGCGAGUAUGAAGAAUGGAUCCUUCGCCAACGUGUCGGAGAUGAAACUAUCUGUCCACUCGGGAACUCACGUUGAUGCUCCAGGUCACUUCUGGGACAAUUAUUACGACGCUGGUUUUGAUACCGAUUCGCUCGACCUCCAAGUCCUUAACGGUCCUGCUCUUUUGGUUGAUGUUCCAAGAGACAAGAACAUUACUGCUGAGGUAAUGGAAUCGCUUCAUAUUCAAAGAGGAGUUCGUCGUGUGCUCUUUAGAACAUCCAACACUGACAAGCGGCUUAUGUUCCAGAAAGAGUUUGAUUCAAGCUUUGCUGGGUUCAUGACCGAUGGGGCGAAAUGGUUGGUUGAGAACACAGAUAUCAAACUUAUUGGGCUUGACUAUCUUUCCUUUGCUGCUUUUGAGGAAUCACCUGCAACGCACAGGGUUAUACUUAAAGGACGGGAUAUAAUCCCUGUGGAAGCGUUGAAGCUGGAUGGUGUGGAGGUAGGAACAUACUCGCUUCAUUGCUUACCGUUGAGAUUGGUUGGAGCGGAAGGAGCACCGACAAGAUGCAUUCUCAUCAAGUGAUCCAGUUCAUCUUCUUUGGCUUUUUUACUUACAAGGUCUCAGAACCCAUGAAGCAGAUGUUAUAAUUCAGUUGUAAAAGGAAGCUCGCGUGUAUGUAUUCGUAUGUUUGUAAUUCUGAAGGACAUGAUAAUAAAACUAGACCGUGUAAUUCUGAAGCA